CCACCUGUGCCCAGCAGUGCGCCCACUAACUCCGCCCACCUGUGCCCAGCAGAUCACCCACCUGUGCCCAGCAGUGCACCCACCUGUGCCCAGCAGUGCAUCCACCUCAGUGCCACCCACCUGUGCCCACCAGUGCCACCCACCUGUGCCCACCCACCAGUGCUGCCCACCAGUGCCACCCACCAGUGCAGCCCAGCAGUGCUGCCAGUCAGUGCCACCAGUCAGUGCCCAGCGGUUGUGCCAGUCAGUGCCGCCAGUCAGUGCCCAGCAGUGAUGCCAGUCAGUGCCGUCUAUCAGUACCCAUCAUCAGUGUCACCUAUCAGUGCCGCCUAUCAG